UUCAGAUCUCAUCGUUAAAUUUUCUGGUAACUUUCUAGAUUCGUGCAUGAUCUCUUGAUGAAUCAAAUACCACACAGUACGAGAGACUGUUUUAUUCUAAUGUAUUUCCAAUUAAUUAUACUUCUUUUUUCUAACCAUUCUAUUCGAUCAAAUCAACCAUCAAUCAUGGGGUUUUCUUUAUACCUUCCCACCCACUUCUCGGAAUUCUUAAAUCCCCGAAAUAUAAUUUAGAAAAGACUAAGCCAGAUGUCAGUUUCUGGGCGGGCGCAGCUGCCCGGAAUUAACUCUCAGGAAAACGCGCAAAAGGAUAGGUGUCUCUGUUACACAACACGGUUUGCCCACAUUCCUUAUCUCCUAAGUUUCGGUUCAUGAACCCUAGGCCCUGAGUCACAUGCCUACCACCACCCCUUUUUUCUAAUAUAUAUAUAUAGUAUACUUUAGAUGGGAUCAAGAUGCAUGAGAUAAUUAAUACCAUCUCUCAAUUAUUCUCCAACUUCUAGUUCAAUGGAAUCAUCUUGCCUUUGUUCAACUGCUCUCCCUCUUGGCCCAUUUUCGAAGUUCCGGGGAGGGGAUGAUUGCGGGAAGAAGAGAGGCUCCACGACAAGAGUUUCUGCGUGGAGAAGAUCUGACCACCAAAAUCAUGGGGGUCGGCUAGUGGAUGAAAAUUUGAUUGUUCUUAGGAAGCGAAUUCACGAGAUGAAGAUGGUGGAGAGGAACUAUGAACCGCCGGAGGAUUGGAUGGAAUGGGAGAAGCAGUUCUACACUAGUUACGAUGCGUUUAUAUGUGAUGCAAUGGGGUUGUUGCAGUCCCAGUUGAUGAAUACCAGGCCCAGCUUGGUUCUUGGGAUGUUGGCUAUGAUCACACUCAGCGUCCCAACCUCCGCUGCUCUCAUCCUCGGCCAUUUUGUGGAGAUCACCAAGUGGGUCUUUGCCGGGAUUCAUCUGAAUUAGCGGCGUAUAUACAGAGCCAAAACUGAAUCAUUUGAUUACGUUUUUGUUUACACUUUUCUUCUACUUUUAUCUGGAUCUGAAUUUUGUAUCCAUUAACUAAUAUUAGGAUCUUUAAUGACACUUUUUUUUUCCUAA